AUGGCAACUUUAAAUGAGAAGAAGACCUGCAGCGAACGUAUGGCAGAUUUCCGUCGUUUUGUCUGGAAUCCAGAAACAAAGCUCUUCAUGGGAAGGUCCUUAAUUAACUGGGUGUGGAUCAGCCUCUACUACCUGGCUUUCUACGUGGUGAUGUCGGGGCUGUUCGCGCUCUCCAUUUAUUGUUUAAUGAGGACCAUUAAUCCCUACGAGCCGGAUUACCAAGACCAGCUGAAAUCCCCAGGUGUAACCUUACGGCCGGAUGUUUAUGGGGAUAGAGGACUAAAAAUUUAUUACAACGUAUCGGACAACAAAACCUGGGAAGGCUUAGUGACAACUCUUCACACUUUUCUGACAGCAUAUACACCAGCUGCUCAACAUCUGAACAUCAACUGCACCAAUAAUACCUACUUCAUCCAGGACACCUUUGAUGGCCCAAAUAAAACAAAACUAUCCUGCAAAUUCACCUCAGACAUGCUUCAAAACUGCUCCGGCAUCACAGAUCCAACUUUUGGAUAUCCAGAAGGAAAACCCUGUUUUAUUAUAAAAAUGAACAGGAUCAUCAAGUUUUACCCUGGCAAUGGCACUGCACCGAGGGUGAACUGCACAUAUGUGGUAAGGGGUGAGGAGUCUCGCCCGCUGGACGUAGACUACUACCCUGUGAAUGGCACCUUCAACCUGCACUACUUCCCCUACUACGGGAAAAAAGCCCAGCCCAGCUACAGCAAUCCCUUGGUAGCUGUGAAAUUUCUCAACAUUACGAGGAAUGUAGAGUUUAAAAUAGUGUGCAAAAUCAUUGGAGCUGGAAUUACCUUCAAUGUUCAUGAUCCGUAUGAAGGCAAAGUGGAAUUUAAACUGAAAAUAGAAGACUGA